AUGGAUGAAUCUACUGCGAAAGAGGCUCCUGUGUCCAAGACUGAUAUUCUUAAGAGUCAACGCCACCAACGCCGAGGUGCGAAUGGCAAGCUUACAAGAAUAGGACAUGCCUUGAAGAGCUUGAUAGAAGAAAGACGGCCUAUUUCAGAGGUGCAGGAGAUCUAUGAAAGGUAUCUUCUUGCUUAUGAAGAAUUGCAGAAUAGGCAUGAAUCAUUUUCAGAGCUUAUUGAAGAUGACGAUGAAUACGACAUGGAAGAAAGAUGGAUGGAUGAAUGUCAGCAGUCUUUCCUUAGCCAUCAAAUUUCUUUCAGAGAUUACUGUAAGGGAGAGACAGAGAAAAUUGUUUCAAGGCAGAAACUACGAAAACAGAUGACGAAUGAACAGCCAAGUGAUGAUAAUUCAGAAGCUAGUUCUGAUGAAACAGCAUCAAACGCACAGCAAGAUGGAAGUCAUACCCAGAGUCUGCAGAUAAGAAAUGUACAGAAGAGAGUGGGAUCCAUGUUCAAAAUGGAAAAGCCAAAGAUGCCCACAUUUAACGGAAAUGUGCGAGAUUAUUGCAUAUUCAAGGCUGACUUUCAACAUGCUCUGGGAGAAGUUUUUGAUGAAAGAGAUGCUCUAAUGAUAUUGCGAUCAUGUCUGCAAGGUAAACCCCUACAGAUGAUUCAAGGAAUAGGACGAGACUUCAAAGCAGCUUGGGAGCAGUUAGAUAUGGUGUAUGGAGACCCAAGGUUAGUUGCAGACGCAAUUAUUCAUGACAUCACCAAAUUUCGCUCCUUGAAACCAGGUGAAGAUGAUCGCUUCUGUGAAUUUGUGAACAUAGUACGCAGAAGUUACAAUGUGCUCAAAGAAAUUGGGAAGGAGAACGACAUGAAUAACAGUCACAUGCUGGCUAUCAUGGAGAAGAAACUCACCCCUGAAGAUAGAAAGAUCUGGUUCAGGAAUCAAGAAUUGGAUGAAGCUUCUGCAACAUUUGAGAAAUUUCUUGAAUUCCUCACCCUAGAGUUGAAGGCAAGGAUGAGAUCAGCAGCUCCGGUAAGAGGUGAAGUAAAACCAAGCGUCAACUUUGUGACCAAGAAGUCCAGCCCAAGUACCAAUAACCAGGAAAGGAAGUUCGACAGAUGCUGGCUCUGUAGAGAUGAUUCCCACUGGACUGACCAAUGCAAGUCAUUUCUGUCCAAGUCGUUCAAGGAGAGAAUGCAGCUUGUCAAGGAAAAUAAGGCAUGCUUUGCUUGUCUGAAAAAGGCUACCUAUGGUCACAAAAUGUCUACUUGCAAAAGACGACGGCGCUGUACCGAGAGCGUGAAUGGAGAACAGUGCAAGUACUACCAUCAUCCUCUUCUACACAAUUCAUCAGAUGUUAGAGAAGUUGGUGUAGCCUGUGUUGGUGCAAAGGAAGCUCUCCUACCAGUGGUGACAGUGGAAGUGGCUGAAAAGAAAACCUGGAAAAAGUGCAAUAUGUUACUAGACUGUGGAGCCCAAUUGUCAAUAAUAAAACAGUCACUUGCAGACAAGUUAAAGUUAAAAGGCAAAGAAGUCACUAUUGUAAUAUCAAAGUUGGGAGGAGUGGAAGAGGAGGUGAUCACGAAUGAAUAUAAGGUCAGCGUAAAGGAGUUAGGAGGACGAAAUUCCUUGCCAGUUACGGUGAUUAGCCUGCCUCAUAUCAGUACCACAGACAGUGUACCAGAAGAAUAUCUACAGUCAGCAGCCAAACAACUUAAGAUUGAUCGAAAGAUGUUCAACAGGCAUGGUGGAGAGAUUGACUUACUAGUUGGCAGUGAUCAUCCCAAGUUCCAUGGAGGUGAGUCAAAGGAGACCCACAACUUUACUGCUCGUCAUUCACCUGUUGGAUGGGUGAUACUAGGAACAUUGCCGCAUAGAAGGAUGGAAUCAAGUAAAGUUUUGCAUGUGCAGUUAGCCAAGCCAGUGGAUCUGACUGAGUUCUGGACGACGGAGUCGAUGGGAGUCAAGGACAUCGACUGCCAAUGCCAACCUACAGGGAUGACCAAGGCAGACAAAGAGGAGUAUGAUAUGAUUGAACGGUCUUGUGUCAAAGAAGGUAAUCAGUGGCAAGUUUCGUAUCCAUGGAAACGAGACCCAAACAAACUUCCUGAUAACAGAUGGUUAGCUGAGAAGAUGUUGGAAGCUACGGAAAGGAGGCUUCUAAAGAAUCCUGAUCAUGCAAAAGCUUACCAAGAACAGAUGACCCAGCUGGUAGAGAUGGGAUUCGCACGGAAGUUGUCUGAUAAUGAAGUCAGUGGAUAUUCAGGACCGGUACACUAUAUUGGUCACCAUGCAGUAGUUAGACCUGAAAAGAAAAGUACCCCAGUGCGUAUUGUAUUCAACUCGUCAGCAAGCUAUCAAGGACAUUCUCUCAAUGAAUACUGGCACAAGGGUCCUGACAUGUUAAAUUCACUUUUUGGAGUUCUGAUGAAGUUCCGCGAUCACUCUGUUGCGGUCAGUGGUGACAUAUCCAAGAUGUAUCACCGUGUCAAGGUACCAGUAAUUGAUCAACAUGUACACAGGUAUCUCUGGCGUGAUCUUGAAGUUGAGAGGAAGCCUGAUGUCUACAUCAAGUUGGUUGUCACCUUUGGCGACAAGCCUUCCCCGGCAAUGGCCCAAAUUGCCUUGAGAAAAACAGCUGAAGUAGCAGAGAAAGAAAGUCCUAAAGCAGCACAGAUCCUGAAGGAAAGUACAUACAUGGAUGACAUUUGUUUCUCGACACCAACUGAAGAAGAAGCCAUUCAGCUAACUGAUGAAAUCGACAAAGCUUUGGGGGAUGGAGGCUUCAACGUCAAGGGCUGGGUGUCGAACAAAAAUAUAAGACCCGGUAGCCAGAACGAGAUGGAAUUGCUGAGUAAGUUGUCCAAUGAGAAGGUUUUAGGAGUUGUUUGGAACCAACAUAACGAUUCAUUCUCGUACAAGUCAACCUUGGACAGGUCCAGUAGAGAAGAGAAAUCAGCCAAUAAUGAAGGAAAACGGACAAAACGAAAAAUCCUGAGCCAAAUAGCAAGAAUCUUCGACCUAAUUGGAUUUGUAUCACCCUUCCUUGUUCGAGCCAAGAUGGGAAUGCAAAGGCUUUGGGAGAAGGGAUACAAAUGGGAUGAAAGACUGCCAGAGGAACAACAGAAAUGGUGGACAGGUUUCUUCAAUGAAAUGAAAGAGCUGAGCGAGGCUAAACUUGACCGAAGCCUCACACCACCAGGAGCUAUUGACAAUCCAAUAUUAUGUGUGUUCUCAGAUGCAUCAGAAGCUGCCUUCGGGUGCUGCGCCUACCUUAGAUGGCAGAUAGCAGAUGGCAGUUUUACUACAAGAUUUGUAGCAGCAAGGUCAAGAGUGGCCCCUUUAAAGAAGCUGACCAUUCCCCGAUUAGAGCUACAAGCUGCUCUGAUGGCGGCAAGGCUGUUUACGGCAAUAAAGGAAGAGACAACUUUGAAGUUGCUAGAGACAAUCUUCAUGACAGACAGUCUCAUUACUCUAGCAUGGAUCCACAGUCAGUCCAGAAUGUACAAGUCAUUCGUCUCAUCCAGAGUGGGAGAGAUCCAGAGUGCCUCCAAUCCAGAGAACUGGAGAUAUGUUCCCGGAAAUAUGAACCCUGCUGAUAAAAUCUCCAGAGGCUUAGCAGUCAGAGAUCUGAGUAAAGAAUGGGAACAUGGUCCUGAAUUCCUAUUCAAGCCUAUAGAUGACUGGCCAGAGGACAAAUCGCUCCCUGUACAACAAGGUGAUGAUGACAAGGAGAGGAGAAAGGUAAAGCAAGUUCUACAUACAACCUGUUCUGGUGUCAUUGGCUGUGAGAAGUAUUCGUCUUGGAGAAGACUCCUCAGAGUCACAGCUUAUGUGCAUCGAUUUGUCAAGAAUAUGAAGGCCAGAUGCAAGACGAAAGUUGACGAAGGACUGACAAGAGAAGAUGGUCCACUCACUGCAUCCGAGUUAAGUGUUGCUGAACUGUACUGGAUCAAGGAGGUACAGAAACCACUUCAUGAACGCUUGAGGUCUGGUGAAUUCAAGGUUCUAAGUCCAUUUCUCAGUGAAGGUAUCAUCAGAGUUGGAGGAAGGGUAGAUAAGAUCAAACGAUCGUAUGAAGCAAGGCACCCAACUCUUAUCCCUAAUGGCCAUCAUGUAGCUAAGCUUAUCACUCGCUACUAUCAUCAGCAAGGUCAUGCGGGAGUAGCUACAACAUCAGCUACAACAUCAACAUCAAGUCCGGACGAGAUACUGGAUUCCAGGAGUUCAACGUCUAGCCAAAUCUGA